UUCUCACGCACAUAUUCUUAACACCUCUUUUUUUUUCGGAGAAAUUGGCAACUCCUCACAGUGCGACCCAAAAAAAGGAAGUGGUUAAUGCACAAUGUAUACUGACACACUGAGACAGAGACGGUCAGGCGUGCUGAAACAAACAAACCCAUUAAUAUCUUUGUCGAGUGGAGUCACAGUGGGAGCCUGAACUCAGGAUGACGAUCCUCCUCUUCAUCUUCACCCUCUGUCUGAUCUCAGAUGGAGGAGCCUCCAAGAAAGUAACAGGAUAUUCAGGAGGUGGAGUCCUGAUCAAGUGCAAGUAUAAUACAGAAUACACACAAAACCUAAAAUCUUUCUGUAAGGGUUCAUGGCCAGCCUGUUCAGACAAAAUAAAGACAAAAGAUAAAAACAUGUGGGUAACUUCCGGAAGAUAUUCGUUGUUUGAUGACACCAAAUCAGCAGAGUUUUGGGUGAUGAUCAGAGAGCUCACUGUAGAGGACACUGGGACGUACCGGUGUGGUGAUCAUUGGAAUGUACUGAUGAACAAUUACACACUGGAACUGGAGAUUAAGAAAGCAGGAAGUUCUGACUCUAGAGAAGUGACUGCAUAUGCAGGGACAAGAAGCAACAUCAAGUGCAGAUACGAGGAUCAAUACAAACACAAACCCAAAUCUUUCUGGAAGAUCAGAACAGAUCAGUGGAGUAUUAAACACAUAAACACUGAAGCACACAGUGAAUGGUCACAUGAUGGCAGAUUCUCAAUUCAUGACAACAGAAGUGCAGGAUUCUUCAGUGUGUUUAUCAGAGAGCUGAUUAUAGAGGACACUGGGACGUACGCAUGUGCUGUUGCUGCGUCUGAUCAAAUAGAGAUCUACACUGUAGUGAAGCUGAACGUCACAGAAUAUGCUUCCUAUGAGAAGUCCAUCAGUAAAACUGUCUAUGUAGGAGGAGAACUGAGUAUCUACUGUAAAUACCCCGAGUUCCUCAAGAGUUCCCCAAAGUUUCUCUGCAAGAGACCCAACUUGGCUGCCUGUCUGUAUACGGCAACCGUUAAAGAAAGUAGAAGAUUUUUAAAAGUGGGGAAAAUCACCAUGUAUGAUGACAGAGAGAACCAAAUCUUCACUGUAAGCAUCAAGCACGUGACUGAGCAGGACUCUAAUGAAUACUGGUGUGGAGCUGAAGUAGCCUGGAAAUUUGAUUAUGGAUACAAGGUUUAUUUUACACGGAUCAACCUGACCGUUACAGGAUUUCCGGCUUCCACUGUGAUCGCCGUGUCUGUGAGUCUGCUCCUGUUGCUGAUUGGAAUCUUUGUUGUGAUUCUCCUAAAAAGACACAAGUUAAACACACAAGGACCUGAAACAGUAACACACAUGUUCAGAGAGACUAAUGAAGAUCAUGAAAAUGACCCAGAAGCUACCUAUCAGAGUAUGCACCCUGUCAGCUUCCAAUUAGAUCCACACUAUGAAAAUAUCACUGAAUAAUAAUCUAGAUUAUUCCGCACCCGUGUGCCAGAGGGUCUUCUUCUGUCAUUCUUCAUAUGUCAUGUUCACAACAUCAUGAAAAUCAUAUAAACUUAAACCUAGUUGCUUUACCCUAAAGUUUGCCUGCAGACUUUGUACUUAUGAGUCGUGUUUUUGUAAAUAUGCUUUAUGUUUAGGCCUGUGGUUUGGGCUGGAUUUCUGCCCAUUGCCAUGCUUUUGUGUUUUUGAGGUUGACGAUAUUUUUGUAACUUUUACUCUUGCCUGGUCUCUGGAUUCAGAUUUUGGAUGCUGUGAUCAUGACCCUGCUGUUCUGACCACAUUUUAUAUUAAUAAACCUCGUGUAAAUAGAUACUACAGGAUAAUAAAGAUGAUCAGUCACACCAUGAAGUU